AUGAUCAGGAGGAAAGAGUGAGUUAUUGGAAUAAGUCUUAGCAGUGUGUGGACAGAGAAGCUUAUAUUUGGACCAGGGACGACUCUCACAGUUGUACCAAACAUUUCAAAAACUUCUGACCUUCAAGUCAUUGUGGUGAAAUCAAAGAAACUGGAAGGAGCUGGCAGCACUGGGAAUGCAGCUUGUUUGGCAAGGAACUCCCCUACAAAGAACAUCAGGCUGGAGAUGCCCUCUCAGGAGGUCGUCUAUGAACAGAGCACAUCCAUUUUGACAUCAGAGGGGUUCUACAAUGCACUUAAAGUGGUCAGGGUGACAAAAGACACAGAGGUGACCUGCACGGCCAAAUUUGGCAACCGCACGAUAACAACACAGCCAGGUACAGUUUGGUGGCACCGCUGUCACUUAUUUCUGCAGAGAGGGGCCUGUGGGGCUUUGUGUUCUCCUUCUGGACAGCACUGCCCUGAGCAGCCAGCAGAAAUAAGAAAGACCUUUGGGAUUUCAGCAGGCAGAGCUGAAAGAUGUUCCAAAGCAUCUAAAAGAAGUGGUUUCAACUAUUCAAUUACUUUGAGAUGCUUUUUUUUUUUUGGAAGAAUAGAGAAGUCACAAUCUAUUUGUUCAAAGUGUGAAUUUCAAGGGGAGACUGAAGAACCAGCAACAGGAGCCAGUGACAGGGUUUGCAACAGCACAGAGCCCUCAGCACAAGAUCCUGAAGAGCAGAGAGUGAACAUGCUGUCCAUGGCUGUGUUGGGUUUGAGAGUCCUGCUGGCAAAGAGCAUCGCCUUCAAUGCCCUCAUGAGUAUCAAGCUGUUUCUUUCCUGAGAUAUGGGGAAUGAACCCAAAGAAGA